AUGGGGGGGCUUUACGCUGACCUUAUAGCAUUGAAGAUUGUCAUUUCUGUCAUCGGUGUUACAGGAAACGUCAUACUGAUUAUGUCCAUACUUAAGUCAGCACAUGUAAAAACAUUUGAAAUCCUUCUUCUCGCGCUGGCGGCAGCAAAUCUGGAGGAGAUUGUGAUUGGGAACGUCUAUGAUGCCUUGCGACUGUCAGACAGGAUCGGUGUUUGGAGCUGUAGGACGCUCAAGUUUCUCACCAUGUUCGGAACGACCGGCAGCAUCCUCUUCACGGUGCUCAUCAGCAUUUACCGCUAUCAAAAGCUGCGAGACGUCCACACGCAUGUCAGCCUGCACAUCUUCAUGGACAACAUACGAAAUGCGCUUGGCAUCACUGCAUUCUGUGCCACGUUGGCCACCAUCUUAAGUAUGCCCACACUUUUUAUAAGCCUGAACAGGGACGAAGCCAAUUCUACUUCUCUCGAUUGUCCUGAAGAUUUCUUCCAGUGUACGCAGUCAAAGUGUCUGACUCAGAACCUCGUUUACAAGUACUCCUUCCUUUUGGUGUGUAACUUGCUGCCUCUGCUUAUAGUCACGCUAACAAGCAUCAUGAUUUUAAGGAUUCUGAUAGUCCAGCAGAAAGCGGUGAAGGCCCUUCAAGAGCCGAGUGUGGCGGUGACCCAGCAGCAGCAUCAACACAGGCAUUGGCACGGGGUAUCUGGGUUUCACCGCAGUACUCUUGCUAUUCUGGCAGCUAUGGCUCUUUUUCAGGUGGACUGGAUUGUUUAUUUAAUCUUACACCUUGUGUACAGUAACCCGUACAGUUUCCCAGCAUGGUCAGAAGUUGAGUUCCUCGUAACUGCAUUUUACACUGCAUUGAGCCCGUAUGUGUAUGGAUUGGGUAAUGACCUUUUCAAUAUAAAACGGUGCAUUAGCUAA